AUGGCCUCGUCCUCGCCAAAGCUUGAGGAGUCACCCUCGGAUGAGCAAUUCUUCAUGUAUUCUUUCCAGGAUCUCGAUAUCCAGGGCGAGAAUAGUCUCACACCCAGCCAACCAGCCUCCGAUCCACCAACAUCCACCACCACCAACAAUAACAAUAAACAACAAAUUCCUAAAAAGACCAAGCAAAAGAAGAAGCAGGAUCCGCCCCAGGUCUCGGCUACAGAUGAGCCCCUUAUUACACCGGUCGGAGACCCCUGGCCCCGACCCUACCACUUUGACGGUGAUGGGUUGCGUCGGGUACUGCCAUACCACUACACAUACAACACCCACUGUAAGGAGAGAUGGCGCAACAGACCCCUUCUCGAGAUCUACGAAUCUGAGUUUAGGGACCGGCCGGUCGAGUACUAUCGGCAGUCCAUGAUACGGGGGAGCAUCUUUGUCAACGGUCGUCGGGUCGGACCCGAUUAUAUUCUGCGAAAUGGUGACCUCAUUUCUCAUACCCUGCACCGCCAUGAGCCUCCGGUUACCGAGGACCCUGUGCAGAUCAUUCACGAAGACGAAGACAUGAUUGUUAUUAACAAGCCUGCCGGUGUUCCCGUCCACCCCGCUGGCCGAUAUAACUUCAACUCGGUCGUUGAGAUCAUGAAGUCAGACCGCGGUCCAGCAUUCUUGCCAUAUCUCUGCAACCGUCUGGACCGCCUCACAAGCGGCAUCAUGUUUAUUGCAAAGAAUCCCGUUGCAGCUGAGGCUUUGGGCAUCAAGAUCAAAGAUCGCACAGUGAGAAAGGAAUACAUUGCCCGGGUGAUGGGUGAGUUUCCUGAUGGCGAGGUCGUCUGCGAUCAACCCAUCUUACAAAUAUCUCCCAAGCUUGGACUCAAUCGAGUACGCGCCAACGGCAAGACUGCGCGGACUGUAUUCAAGAAACUGGCAUAUUACCCAGAAGACGAAAAUGAAGAUGUAGACGAGCGGCCCAAGACACCUGAGCAGCUCCAAGACGAAACGCAUCGUCCUUGGGUGAACAAGAAGGGAUAUUCUAUUGUCCGCUGCCUUCCCGUUACGGGGCGCACUCAUCAGCUGCGUGUUCACCUUCAGCAUCUUGGUCAUCCUAUCCAAAAUGACCCUAUUUAUGCCAACCGACGAGUGUGGGGCAUGGAUCUCGGACAAAACGACGGUGAUGCCACUCAAAACACAGACGAGGACAUCGUCAGUCGUCUGUCUCGCAUGGGCAAAGACGAAGUGGCCGAAGCUGUUGCUUACUAUGACAACAUGGUGGAUAAAUAUGAAGAAAAGAGGGCCGAGAAGUUGACCGGUGAGCUUUGCGAGAUAUGCCAGACACCUUUGUACUCCGACCCUGGCAGUCAUGAGCUGUCCUUGUGGCUCCACAGUCUCCGGUAUGAGGACGCAGGAGGUAGCUGGUCUUAUGUCAGCCCUCUACCCCGAUGGGCCAUGCCACCAGAGGGCAUGAGUGGCCCAACAUCGGUUGGUGGUAUGGAGGAGUUGGUGGAGGCCGUUAAAGAAGAGAACCCCGAGAUAUCAUGA